AUGGCAGUCUGUGGAAGCCUUCAACACAUCUUCCAACAGCCAAUGCCGGAAAGUCCAAGACUGCUCGAUUCCUUCUCACCAUGGAACCAGAUUAAAGCCAUGAAACCCAUUGAAGACUCUUCUUUUACAGAUAUCUUUGGUGAGCUUCAUUGCAAAGAGAAUCAUCCUGAAUCUUCCUCAUCCUCUCCCCUUCCUGCCUCAUCUCCGUCCUCGCUGUUCUCAUCAUCAUCAUUGUCGUCGUCAUCAACAUCCUCAUCAUCAUUUUUGAAUGAUUUGAACCCAAAAGCUGGGAUUGAAAACCUCAACAAAGACAACAAUGGCAGCUUGUGUAGCAAUGAGAGAAAUAACAAAAUCCCCACUGCAAAUUAUUAUCCAGGAACCCGAAGAAAAUACAGUCACAGUAAUAGCUUUUCUUCCAUGAAUUCCGAUAAUUUUUCUCUGUGCACAGAGGGUCUUGGAUUUGAAAGCUCUGAUGAUUUAGAGGACUUGAAGAAUGAAAUGAACAUAGAUUGGCCACACUACGAAGAGAAAACGAGUAAUAGAAGGCAUUCACUGCCUGAAAAUAUAUGCAGAGAUUCUAAGAGAUCAAGGACAAGUGGAAGGGCAUUUCCUCCACCCAUAUCUUGUAUAGGCAGAAGUGGUUGGCCUUGGGUGUGCUUUAAAUCUUAUCGGCACGAUGGCAGGUUUAUUCUUAAGGAGAUUAGGAUUCGAACACAAGAUUUCCUGCAUGCAUCUCGAGAAGAUGGGAGGUUGAAGCUUCACUUUAUUCAAUCAGAUGAUGAAACUCUUGAGGAAGCUGAGGAGGAGGAAGAAGAAGUAGAUGAAGAAGAUGAUCAAAUUCUUGAGAAGACAGGCGUUUGA